UGUCUGCAUGCGUUUUGACAGGCGUAGUCAAAGAAUAGUGCGAAUCGCAGCGGGUUCGGAACGUCUGGCGGGUCCUGUAGAAGCGAACAGUACGAGAAAAAUCGGCGGCAAAAUCGGGCCUUCGUCUUUCUGCGCACAUUUGUUUUCUGUUACAAGUGCAGCUAUCUCUCUGGACUUGUGCAGGUAUAUAUUGACACACUAGACUCACUCCAGCCCAAGAAGGUAUCUCUGAUUCUUAUUGUACGCAUACUCUGUGUGGCUAUCCACGCUACGCUGCCUCAGAGCGCAGCGCUUAAUCCUUUCUUGACUCGUCCAGAAGAGAGUCGUCUUUGUUCGUCAGUCUUUGGAGGCUUCCUUCCUCUUUAUUUGAGAAGCACAUGCAAGGCUUCUGCUUCCAGUCGAAUUUCCUGGGAUGCGGGCUUGACCGUCCCGGUUUCGUGCGAAAGUCGUUGAGUGCCGGAAGCAGAGUUUUAUCCCUUCGUCUCCAACUGUCACUCUUCCUCUUUCAGUCUCUCAGCGUCUGUCUCCCACCGUCUGUCUCUCUCCGCGGCUGUCACGAGUCUAUUGAAAGAGAGAAGAGAAAGGAGGAACGGAAGGUCUUCUAUCCAUGAGGACUCGCAGGAGGCGCUGACAGCAAGCAGCCCUCGUGUGAGAGGGCGGCCAAGGGAGGCCGAGUGUACAGACAGAUGGAGGUCGUUGCUUUGCCUGCGAUUUUCGUGCCGAAAUGGAGGCGACUCAAACGCCAGAGUGUUGCAGCUCUUCGCGCAGUCAAGCCCCUACGCCUCCGCAAGACCUCGUUUCUGCGUCUUCUCCCUCGUCUGAUCUGUCACCUGCUUCCUGCUCUUCUCUCCCUCUCACUCUGCCCCUCGCAGGUGUCAGUCCGGAAGCCCCAGGAGAACAUAAGUCGCCUUUUUUGCCGCCGGUCGAUGUUGGCGGGCUGCGUCUUUCUCUCCUGCUGAAGAAACUUUUGCAUCUUCGACAAGCCUUCGAGCCUCCUCUCCUGCAGGUCUUUGGAUUUCCCUUCUUUCUCCGUCAUCAAGUUUCUGCUGUCUCCUGCUGCUCCUGCUGUCUCCACUGCUGCUGCUGCGAUGUAGCCCGUACCGCAUCCCUGAUCAGAGUCUCCUCGCCACCGGCAUCUCCCGCGCUGCGGCCUCCUUCUUCUCUCUCGAUUCCUUCGUCUCCUUGUUCUCCUACGCCGCCGUAUUCUUCGUCGCUGUCCUCGUCUUCUGCAUCCUCUUCUUGGACUUCUCUCUCGAAUCCUGAUUCUCCCGGCUGCUCUGUAGUUGGCGGCUCUCCAGAUGGUGGAGCGAGCUCCCAGACGAGCGUGGACUGGAGCAUUCCUUCGUGCGAGGCUGCGUCCCCCAGGGGCGGAAGGCGGUGCGGGCACAGUUGCGGGGAACGGAGGAAAGAUGGCCGCUGCAUGCAAGCGCCUCCUCUUCUGGCGGGACCUCGAGGCUUUGAGCCCUCGGAGUCCCAAGGCACCGAGACCGGCGACCGGGUUCGCUCCGCCUCUCUCCCACCUGGGGCAAGAGAGCAAACAAGGAAGCCGAGGAAACGAAGGCGCCUCGUCUCGGACAGUGACGACGGUGAAGCCGUUGGGGAGAAGAACCUGCAAUCGCAGGAAGAACGCGAAAUCGAGAUUUUACUGGCAAGGAACAUCCUCAGACAAAUCCGCUUGCCGGGCGUUUCUCAGGGGCCGUUCGUCCUCUUCUUCACCAGCGACUGGACGCACUUCGUCCAGAGAUGCGUGGCGAACGCUCAGCAGCGUGCAGUGGAGCAGCAGAGAGAGAGGGGAGACGCAGUGAAGCAAAGACGGAAAGCAGGGAUUAACUGUCCUUGCUCAGAGACCGGACUGCCCAGCUCAGUUUCGCGAAAAGAAGGAGAAAGUACAGAAGAGAAACACUUCGCGGAGAGGCGCAGCGGACGCAGUGCCCACGGUGACGCGAAGGAAAGCUGCUGUGCAGUCGAUGAGGAAGAAAGCGAAUCUCAGGAGGCAGCUGGCAAACAAGAACGGAAUAGCCUCUCGGAAGCUGUUGAACAGAUCUCUGGGUGGGAGGGGAGAACACGAGAUUGUCGGGUCGGACCGGCGACAGUUGGAAGCGGGGAGGCGACUGAGGACGCUUCCCCGGGGAGUGCGUGCCCGAAUAUAAGCCGACGCCGGAAGUUCCUCUUGGACUUGCCUUGGCACUUGGGGAAGCAGCUCGCGACGGUUUUGUGUGUCGAGCUCUUGAGUCGAUCUCCGCACACAGAUUUGUGUGUAGAUGCGGUGCGAGAGGCGAUGAAAAAGUAUCUGACAGCAUGGAGCUCGCGCCGGCGAGAAGCAGGCUUUCUCUUGAAAGUAGCCUCGCGCAAGCAGGCGGAGAUUCUUGCGUCUCUCUCUGAGAGCCGACUUCCUGGGCAGAGGUCAUUCCGUACCGUCGUUGAGAGCCGUGAACGCAGUCGAGGAGAGGAAUCGUCGCUGGACGGCCGCUGGCGAGCGGCGGGAAUGUCCACCGGGGACCACGAGCGGACGCUUCACGGGUUAGAUACGACACGGCCGGACGUCUUCACUCAGGCAAAAGCGGAAGACGGAAGAGCUCGGAAACUGCAUGCGCUUGAGCGCAUAAAAGAUAUGUUAAGACGCGGCAUCAAGAGUGCAGAAGAAGUCUUGACUCUUCGAGAGGCGCACGCCCUGGGUUUGCGCCGCAGAGAAAAUGCCGCCGGUGACAGUUUCUGCAGACGCGUUUCGCAGGGUGUACAUAGCACUGACAUGUUCGGCGGGACAGCACGUGAAGACGGGAGAGUUCAUACUCCGACACAAGAAAGAGUGAGAAAUGAAGAAAAUAAAAACACAGAAGAAGCUAUCUGUGAGGCGCGCGUUUACACACUCAUUCGGCUUCUUAUGGGUACAACGGAUGACGCGACCAUCUCUGCACAGCAGCCUUUCGAGUGUACAGACACCUCGAUGGAGCGAACGGAUUUCACGCAGAACUCUGGUGUCCAUGGUGUUAGUGGAAUAAAGGUAACUGCGCCCUUUAGUCGAGGUGAUAAGGCGCGGGAUGCGCGCGGAGCCUCUAGCGAGGCAUUCUCCUCUCUGAUUCCGCGAGCGCAGCAACAUCCGUCCCGCCUUCCGUACACGGGGAAACUCGUUUCAGAGUCGACGGACGAACUGCUGCUGCUGCUUCACGAACUGAACCUUCUGCACAGUGCUCCUGGAGCCUCUCAGAGCCGUGUUUCGCUUUGCCUUCCGCAGCAAGGCCUGUUCGUCCGGUGGCUCACUGCUGGCCGGAACGAAGUGCUAACUCGUUUACAUGCACGGAAAUUCAAAGAGAUGCCGUGGCGCGAUGUGGAGAGACGCGGGCUGCUGCGAAGUGGACUAGGAUCGCGAUUUGUGCUGCUCGAUUUGAAGGGGAAAAAAGAUGUGGAAGCGGUGGAAAUCGCUUCGGGAUUGGUUGUCAGGAUUCCCGGUGCACUCCACAGGGGCAUGCGUGUGUACGAGAACGUUGACUAACGCUAGGCGAGAAACGGGAUUUGGAUUCGUUGUUUUUUCGAGGCAGCGGCCUACCGCGUUCACGCAAGUUCUGCCGGGAGCGCCGGGGACGUUUGAAGAGCCGUGAAAACCGCCUCGGAAUCAACUUUUCCGGGCGUAUUGUUGUAGCGCGGCAUCCGAUGGCCAUCUGUGAUUCCGGCGAUGCGUGGCUCAAAAACGUCUGGGCGUGAACCUAAUGCAGGGGGCACCUCUCGGAUACUGUGGAAGGGAGUGUUUCGUAAAGUUUGUAGCUUUGGCAGUAAAAAGACAAUGCACAUACGCAUAUGCGUCCGGAUAUGUGUACUGACGAGUGUAGGGCGAUGCGCCCAGGACUG